CAUCAUACGAUACCACACAAUAAUUCACCUCAUAUACCAAUAUGCAAAAAGAUUGACCAAUUUUCAGGCAACAAUCCAAUAGUAAACUUGAUGCAUGAUGAUCCGCCAUUUAUAUAUAGAAGCUUCCAUUUAGCCUCAUUAAUUCAUGCCACCAUUCCACGAACUGAAAUUAUUACCACCACUGUAAUUACCAUAAUAACCCCCACCCGAAGAGUAACCCUGAUGAUGAAGAGUACCAUAACCACCGCCAUUCGUCAUCGGUAUUAGUGAUAAAUGAUAUUCUGUUAUUUGCAUUAAUUCUUUUAUUAUUUACCCACAACUUUCUGUUCCUAAGUUUGUGGGUAGUGCCUACGUGCACCUAUUCUUUCUCUUCUAAAUCUGUAUAUUAGUUCUCAGAAUCCAGAAUAAUAAACAACUUGGAUUUUCCUCAAUCAUUCAAAAUCUCCAAACUCUCACAUGGUAUCAGAGCAAGUUACGUUCAACUUGUCGAUCCAGUGCUAAAAUCAGAUUGGUUUACCUCUCUUACGCCGUCAUGUUAGAGUAUGAUAUAAGAUCCAGCAAACCUUUCUCCCAACAACUCGAGUUAUUGGGAGCAACUGGUUCAUGACAUGGUAUCAGAGCCUCGAACCAAAAGGUCAUGUGUUCGAAUCUCCACGACCCCCAAUAUUAACCGUUGUCUUUCAAGCACAUGGUAUGGUGGGCCUGUGCAAACUUCAAGCCCAUGGGUUGGCUUUCGUUUGAGGGGGCGUGUUAGAGUAUGAUAUAAGAUCCAGCAAACCUUUCUCCCAACAACUCGAGUUAUUGGGAGCAACUGGUUCAUGACAAACUUUGCCAAGUAUCAAAAAGCGGUUGAUUUCGGUCGCUAAGCUUUGCCAAACUAAUCCUGUGUCUGUGGAAUUUUUUUCCACCCAUUUUCUUGUGAAGGAUCUUCGCACGGGGGCGCCUCUGCUGAGGGGGGAAAACAACGGUGAUGUCUAUGAGCUACCUCGGGAGGUGGAGAACGUUCGUCUGGCCUUGGUCACCACUCGCACCUCUACCACUUCGUGGCAUGCCCGUCUUGGCCAUCCAUCACAUUCAUCUCUCACCAGUCUCAUUCGGUCAAAUUCUCUUCCUGUUUCGACGUCUCUGGCUAGUUUCCCCUGUGAUGCUUGUCUUUCCAAUAAGAGUCAUAAACUCCCAUUUUCUGUUUCUUCUUUGACCAGCACUCGUCCAUUUGAUCUUUUGUACACGGAUGUUUGGGGUCCUGCUCCAGUUUCUUCCAUUGAUGGAUUUCUUUACUAUUUGAUUAUUGUGGAUCAUUUCACUCGGUAUACGUGGUAUUAUCCUCUGCGAAAGAAAUCUGAUGUUCUACAGGUUUUUCUCGAUUUUCGUAAAAUGGUUGAGAACUAUUUUUCUACCACCAUCCGUCGUCUUUAUACCGAUGGUGGUGGUGAAUUCAUCAAAUUGCGCUCCGAGCUUGUUACUCAUGGGAUAACUCAUCUCCUCACUCCUCCUCAUACCCCCGAACAUAAUGGGCUUGCCGAGAGGAAACACCGUCAUUUGGUUGAAACUGGUAUCACUCUUCUUCACUAUGCUAAACUUCCGACAUCAUUUUGGUCGUUUGCUUUCUCCACUGCCAUUUAUCUCAUUAAUCGUCUUCCUUCGUCCGCCCUCCGUGGUAACAUUCCUUACACCCUUCUUUUUAAUCUCCGUCCCAAUUAUCAUAAGCUUCGCAUUUUUGGUUGCUUGUGUUAUCCUUGGCUUCGACCCUAUUCCUCCCACAAGCUUGAUCCUCGCUCUCGGCCAUGUAUUUUUCUUGGUUAUUGUCCCCAACGAAGUGCCUAUCGCUGCUUUGAUCCUAACACACAACGUCUGUUUGUAUCCCGUCAUGUUGUCUUCGUUGAAUCUCAAUUUCCAGGUUAUUCUACUGCUCCUGCUGAGGCCCAUUCCUCUGACUCUUGGCUCAUGGAUCUUUGCCCCAAUUUCAUUACUGUUCCGGCCCAAGUGCCAUUUGGCCCCUCCCCUGCCGAGGCCCACGAGCCCGUUCCGCCUCCCAGCUCCCCCCUGGCGGUCUCUCCCGCGCGAGCUCCUUCCGAGACUGGGCCCCCGCCUCCGCCAGCGCCCUCCGGGCCCGCUUCCCCUGCUGCGUCCACAUCCUCCGGGCCCGAGCCCUCCGCGGCCCACCAGGAUCCUGCCACGCCGUCUCCUUCUCACAGGCCCCCGCGCCCCUCAGGCCCACCUCCGCCUCCGGCCCGCUCGCACCAGAUGGUCACUAGGGCUCAACAUGGCAUAUUUAGGCCCAAGAAACGCCUUUUUCACACUCACUUGGCUGUUGGGCCCCCUCCCCUUGAGCCGUUGUCUGUCCGUGAGGCUAUGCAAUAUCCAGAGUGGAAUGAUGCACUCUAUUCUGAGCACUCUGCAUUACUGGCGAAUAAUACAUGGGACUUGGUCCCUCGCCUUCCUCAUUACCAUGUGCUUGGUAAUCGCUGGGUUUAUCGUGUCAAGCAUCAUCCGGAUGGCUCCAUUUCCCGGUUCAAGACCCGUCUAGUUGCCAAGGGAUAUCACCAACGUCCCGGUCUUGACUUCACCGACACUUUCAGUCCUGUUGUCAAACCUGUCACCGUCCGCACAGUGUUCACUCUGGCUCUUUCUCAGUCCUGGCCCAUCGCUCAGUUCGAUGUAAACAAUGCUUUUCUUCAGGGACCCUUACAGGAAGAAGUGUACAUGGUUCAGCCGCCGGGUUUUGUCGACCCCUCUCGCCCUGAUCAUGUGUGUCGCCUUCGUCGUGCUAUUUAUGGCCUUCGGCAGGCUCCCCGUGCCUGGUACACUGCAUUGAGUACCUUCCUUGUUGAUUUUGGUUUCACACGGACGCACUCCGAUGCUUCUCUUUUUGUCUACUCCCGGGGGCAGGUUCUUCUCUAUUUCUUGGUAUAUGUUGAUGAUUUAUUGCUCACGGGCAACGACCCUACUACUCUUACUGCCUUCCAGCAGGCUCUCUCUGCCCGUUUUUCACUCAAAGCACUCGGAGAUGUCAAUUAUUUUCUCGGCAUCGAGGUCAUUCCCACCGGCACCGGUUAUAUCCUCUCCCAGCACAAGUACAUGGUUGAUGUUCUUAAUCGCUUCAUGAUGACCGAUGCUACUCCCGUUUCCACACCACUUGCUGCUUCCACUGUUCUCUCUCUUCAUGAUGGUACUCCGCCUACUGAUGCUACUCGGUUUCGGCAGAUUAUUGGCGCUCUCCAGUAUCUGGUUUACACUCGUCCGGACAUUGCCUACUCCGUCAACAAACUAUCACAGUACAUGCACUCUCCGACUGCUUCGCACUGGCAGAGUGUGAAGCGGCUUCUUCGUUAUGUCUCUGGCACCCUCACUUUUGGUCUCUCCAUUCGCCGUUCGCCUGGUCCUUUGUCUCUCACUGCCUUUGCUGAUGCUGACUGGGCCGGUGAUCGUGAUGAUCGGUCGUCUACCUCUGGGUAUCUUAUCUACCUUGGCUCCACUCUUGUUUCUUGGCGCUCCCAGAAGCAACGGACUGUUGCUCGCUCCAGUACCGAGGCUGAGUAUCGUGCCAUAGCUAAUGCCACUGCUGAGCUUGAAUGGGUCCGCAAUCUUCUCUCCGAGCUGCGUCAACCUCUAGCUGCUGCCCCAACUGUCUACUCCGACAAUCUUGGUGCCACCUACUUCAGCUCCAACCCCGUGUUUCACUCCCGUAUGAAGCAUCUUGCGCUUGACUAUCACUUUGUUCGGCAGCUUGUUCAAUCAGGUCGUCUUCAUGUUUCCUACAUUCCCACGACGAAUCAGCUUGCCGAUGCUCUCACGAAGCCUCUGCCGUCUCCUCGCUUUCUUCUCCUCAGAGCCAAGAUCGGAGUCGUUGAUACCUCCUCCGUCUUGCGGGGGCGUAUUAGUGAUAAAUGAUAUUCUGUUAUUUGCAUUAAUUCUUUUAUUAUUUACCCACAACUUUCUGUUCCUAAGUUUGUGGGUAGUGCCUACGUGCACCUAUUCU